CCCCCUCUGUCCGCCGACCAUGGGAAGUGCCGGGGAAGUGCGCGGAUGGGCGGUGAAAAUGAGCAUGCCCAGCGUCCUGGCCGUGGUGGCGGUCUUUGCUGUGAUGCCCGGCGGUGCACUGAGCGACAUGAGAGGCGCUCGGGGCCCGGAAGCCCAGCAACUGGCCCAAGGAUCCGCUCCACUGCACCGCCGCUCCAAGAGGGGCUGGAUCUGGAAGCAGCUGUUUGUCCCCGAGGAAGAUCCCACUCCUCGCGUUAUUGGCCAGCUCAAAUCCGACUACGACCGAGGGGAGGUCUCCUUAAAGUACAUACUAACCGGAGAAGGGGCCGGAGACGCGUUCGAGAUAGACGAGUACUCCGGGGAGAUCCGGACCCUGAAGAAGCUCGACCGAGAGGAGAAGUCCUUCUACGUCCUCCAAGCCCAGGCCAUCAACAGGAGGUCCAAUGAGCCGGAGGAACCCCAGUCCGAGUUCAUCAUCAAGGUGCAGGACAUCAAUGACAAUGGGCCGCAGUUCCAGAACGAACCGUAUGUGUCCAGCAUCCCUGAGAUGUGUCCAACCGGGACCACCGUGGCCCGGGUGACAGCCACAGAUGCUGAUGAUCCCUCGUUUGGAAACAACGCCAAGCUCAUCUACUCCAUCCUGCAGGGGGAGCCCUACUUCUCUGUGGAGCCAAAGACAGGCAUCGUCCUGACGUCCAGGCCCGACAUGGACCGCGAGGCCCGGGACCAGUACCUGGUGGUGGUGCAGGUGAAGGACAUGCUCGGCCUCGGCGGCGGCUACUCCGCCUCCACCACCGUCACCGUCAGCCUGACCGACGUCAACGACAACGGACCCACUUUCCAGCACCACCUGUACGCCUUUGCCGUGCCCGAGGACUCGGCAGUGGGCACCACGGUGGGCAGGAUCAUGGCGCUGGACGGAGACAGCGGUGUCCACGCCAGGAUGACCUACAGCCUGGAGGACGACCUGGAGGAAAGCGCCACGUUUGUCAUCCAAACGGACCCGGUGACGCAGGAGGGGGUCGUUGUGCUCGCCAAGCCUCUGGACUACGAAACCAAGAGGCGCUUCGUCAUGGCCGCCGAGGCCGCCAACGACCACGUGGACACUCGCUUUCUGACCCCGGAGGAGUUCAGGGACAGGACGACGCUCAAGAUCGUCGUGGAGGACGUGGACGAGCCGCCCGCCUUCCUGCCGGCGCCCCGCGAGUGGAAGGUCCCCGAAAAUGCAGCGGUGGGGGCCGUGGUCGGCGGCGUCACGGCCAGAGACACGGACGCCGUCAACAAUCCCAUCAGAUAUUCCAUCGACAGGAGGAGCGGCGGCACAAAGGCGUUCAAGAUAGACCCCGACAAUGGAACCGUAACCGUCGCCGAGGCGCUGGACCGGGAGGCCGCCGAGUGGCACAACGUGACCGUCGAAGCCAGGGAAGGCGCGCCGAACCAUUUAUCCUCCUCCGUGGUGGUGUUCAUCAAAGUGCUGGACGUAAACGACAACGUGCCGAGGCUCGCAGCCGAUUACCAGCCGUUCAUCUGCGAGGGAACGCAAGCCGGAGAACUCAUUCAGCUGCUCAGCGCGGUCGACAUGGACGAGCCGGUCGAGGGACACCACUUCUACUUCUCCAUGGUCCCCGAGAAGCACAUCAAUCCGAACUUCACCAUCAGAGACAACCAAGACAACACGGCCGGCAUCGUGGCCCGAAGGAGCAGCUUCACGCGGAAGGAUCGGAGCCGCUACCUGCUGCCCGUGGUGGUGACCGACAGCGGCUCGCCGGCCCUCUCCGGCACCGCCACGCUGACCGUCAGCGUCUGCAGCUGCCGGCCCGCCGGCCACUGCCCCGCCGCGGGGGGGGUGGAGGCCCUCGCCCUGUCCAUGGGGGUCAGCCUGCAGACCCUGCUGGGGCUGCUGGUCUGCCUCGUCACACUCACGGCGCUGUCAGCCCUGAUGCUCGUGGUGAGGAGGCACAGGCGCCAGAAGCAGCAGGAGGAGGAGGAGGAGGAGGCGGGGGCGAUGGAGACGGCGUCGCAGAAGGUGCUGCGCUACGGAGCGGACGGGGGCCCCCGCCGGCCCGCCGUCCCGCUGCGCCGCCACCCGAGGAGGCGGGAGAGGAGGCUGCGCAGGGAGGACGUCAGGGCCAGCAUACGGAUGUCCCUCGGGGAGUCCCACCUCAUCGGGCCGGACGACGAGGUCUUCGGGCGGUUCAUCCUGGACCGGCUGGCGGAGGCGGACCGGGACCCCGGCGCCGCCCCGCCCGACUGCCUGAGGCGCUUCGCCUACGAGGGGUCCGGCUCCCCCGCGGGCUCCCUGAGCUCGCUGGAGUCGGCCUCCCUGGAGCUGGAGCCCGGGCGACCCGUUUGUAACCCCCGCCCCCCCCCGGUCAGACUCACGCCGUGGUACGGGGGAGGGGAGGAAGACACGUUCUUCUGAGCUGCUCCCCUGCCUUUUCUCAUGUAUUUAUCUUGCGCCCCUCAUAUUCGGAGCCCUUCCUAUGUCCCCUCAUUUCAUUGUGCUGGGUCCUGACGGGCAGCCUCUCGUGCUUGUGCAAAUAUUGGCUGUGGGCGUAGCAUGACGGGACAACACGCCGAGGCCACACAGCGUGCUGUUUACUCUGCAGAAACGCUCCGUCUGCAAGCCUAAAAAACGACUGUUUUAACCACGUCCCCCCUCCCCGAGUCAAAGAGUCCCCCCCCCCUGUGUAAAGUCGUGAAGGAGGACUGUUGAGUCUACAGCUUUGUGUGAAUCUAAAGACUCGAAAAAUAAAAAACCACACGAGAGGAAAGUGUGACCCUGAAAACAGCAAAUGUACCGACAUAGCUGGUAACGGUGCAGUAUGUAUGAUGCUUCAAUUGUUACAUUUAUUACAGUGUGAUAUUUCUACACUCAUUAUACGUACAUUAUUACUUACCUGUGACAUUUACAAUUCUUUUAUAUUUUGUAUUUUUACCGGCUGUGUAAUUAUAUUCUACUCUAUGGAAUGAUAUACAUGAAUGCAAAUCUCCCUUAGGUACAUGUACGGCAACAUAUUUUUUUAAACAGAGAUUUUGUUUCCCGAUUAGCCUGCACAUACCGAAGGGUUCUCCAUUAAAUAUGAACCCUGGACCAUGCAUAAUGCUGUGUGAUAUGAUCACAGGACACACGUCGGCCAAUCAGCAGCAGAAAAGCCCGACUUGGAGGAGAGAGAAAAGAGAGAGAUUUGAAAUGCAGAGAAGAGAAGAAGUGAAGCUGGAGAAAGGCCAACGUGUGCAGCGCCUCUUCUUUCUUCCCUCUGCAGCGUUCGUUGCUGGUUGCGUGGGACAUGUGUUGCGUGGGCGGGCUGCUGGCGGGGUGACUGGAGGUGACCGCAUGGGCCUCAGGUUCCGCCCCCCCCCUCCCCUUCACCUUCUCGUCCACUAAUUGGGCCUCGCUCGGCGUCUGCGAAAGGAAUAACUAAAACACAAAUAUGUUUACGCACCUAUUCGGAAAGUAAGAGAGAAUUCGAAAAGGAAACCACUAACUGCUUGUAUCUAUUCAGCUCUUCUUCUUUUUCUUUUUUUUUUGCCGCGGUUACUUGCGUGAUGGGUUCACCGCCCAGCGAGACAAUUUCCAGACACCACUGCGACUCGGAGUGAAGCUUCAAAUAGCUUCCGCUGCGGGAACAAUCUCUCCGGCCAGGUCUUUUUCAGACGGAGUCAUUGUCUCCGUCUGAUGGCUUCUGAAGGCGCAGGUUCUCUCCUUUCAAACCGAUCUCCACCCUCCAACAUGGGGGGGGCUAUUUGCCCACAAACGCGCCGUUGUAAUUCCCUCCUUCAAAAAGUACCGUAAAUGUCAAAAAGUCAUUCAGCUCCUGGUGUCAUUUAACCUUCUGAGUUUCUUUCAUUACCCACGGUGAAUAUCACGGGUAAUUUAACCUAACAGCUCCUUUCUUUGUGUAAUUACACCCAUUACAGCAAUGUGAAGGAUUUCGCUCCGUCAACUGUCUCCGUCCCUCUUUUCUCUUUUCAAACCCGGGUCGGCAGACUCGUCGCCACGGCGACGAGCCUUUGAGGAGCCAUCCCGGAACGCGGCACUCGUGAGCAUGAGUGGACACCAAAUAAAACAAAUCAAACGGUCUGUUUUGGUUGAUGAGGUCAUUUGUCUGAAAAGUUUGAAUCUUGAACGUAAUUAAAGAGUCCGAAAAAGAUAAAAAGCUUGGACAACAGUUUGUUUUCAUGAAUCCUUUUCCCAUUGGAGCUGGGCCCUCUGUGGAAAAACUACCCAACACACUUUAGAGAGACUUGAGGGCCUAAAGGGCGCCGCCCGGCGCGCGUGAGUCACCUCGGGCGCCGUUCGUCGCGCUGCUUUCAGAUCUGACAGCAAACGUGUUAAAGAGAUUAA